UUGGAAACUACAAUUAGUAUACAGUUCUUUCAAAAGCGUAAACGAGACUGUACGUUCUGUUCAUUUUUCGUAAAAUACGUCAAAUUAUUGAGAAAAGUAUUGUUUGAUUAUAUUGAGUCUUCUUGAUGAUAUUUAGCUAUCAAAGAAAGGUAGAAAACAAGCGCCAUUUUCUUGUUCAACUAAAUUGGCCCGCCACAUAAUUUGAAUUUAAAUGAACAGAUUAUCCCCAGUAUUCUGUUGAUCGGUCUAUUUGGUAUAAUGCUCAUGGAUGGCAUGGAUGAUACACUAAAUAACUAUACUUACAGUACAACAAGAGCUUGAAAAAGGCUAUGCUCCCUAAGAAACGUGAAAAAAUGGGUAGAAGAACUUCCAACAUUAUAGACAGGCUUCUAUCUCGAGAACUGGCAAUACUGGAGGAAGCAACCAUUCAAAAGUAUGCCAGCUCUUCGCUACGAAAUAGCCUCGAGAACUUACAAACUUCUCCAAAUCACUGUCUUCACUUUUAUACAGAUGCAGCAGAUAUACUCAUACCGGUGUUUUCCACAAAAUUUUCAAAGCGAGCCUGUAAUGGACAAGCAUUGGCGUGUGUCGAUGAAGAAGGAUAUUUAACAGUUGUAGAUACAAGAAAAUGGUUGCAUACAAUACCAAGAGAGACAGACACAAGAGCAUAUAGAUUGGAUGAAUGGAGAGAACCGGCUGCUUGGAAAAACAAAGCUGCUUUAAGUACUUUGGUCCAUCAAAAUGCAAUAUUUGAUGUCUGUUGGUUGGGUACAACAGACCAACAAAUAGCAACUGCUUCUGGAGACCAAACAAUACGAAUAACUGACACAACAACUUGGGAUCAUGUAAACAGCCUCAUAGGACACAGAGGAUCGGUGAAAGUUGUAAGAGAACUGCCUCUUUCUGAUGGUAAGAUUCUUGGCUCUGCUGGUAGAGAUGGCAAUGUAAUGUUAUGGGAUACGAGAUGUCCUGCGAAAAGUACAUUCUUGGGACAAAACUACGCCAUAUCUCCUGUUCUAUCGUUGCAGCAGGUUCAUUCUCCAAGUUAUGCAUCUCCAUUGCAAGACCGAGUAACGAAGAGAAGAAGAACGUCAAGUGCUUUGGAUAUGCGCCCACAAAAUGAAGCGUCUACCUCUUAUGGUGUUACUGGAAUGGCUUUUCAUCCUCAAAGUGAUGGCCAUCUCCUUUUCACUUCGGGUGCUGUUGAUGGAUCUGUAAAACUAUGGGACAUUAGGAAAAUCUCUUCUACAAGUAAGGAGGUUGAAUUUCUUGCCGUAUGUCAUCCUGGAUGUGAUGAAGAACUAACAUCGCGACCUCACGGGAUUUCUUCCAUUCAAAUGGAUAGUAAUGGUAGAUAUCUUUUGGCGUGCUCUACUGACUCCAGAGUGUAUCUAUAUGAUCCUAGCCGAAUAGAAUGGGGAGCAUGUACAAUACUAACAGGAGGUCAGAAUAUGUCAUUCUAUGUAAAGUGUGAUUUUAGUCCGGAUGGAAACUUCGUGGUAACAGGUUCCUGUAAUUCGAAAGCAUAUAUUUGGUAUCUUGGCCAAAAUAGGUCAACUGAAUCUUGUCUCUAUCCAUUCCUCGAGUUAGAAGGUCAUCAAGGUGAAGUUUCCGACGUUGCUUGGUGUCGAACGGAGCCAGAGUUGAUUGCAACUUCAGGAGACGACUGUAUGGUGAGUCUAUGGCAAGGACCACGGCUUCGACAGAUGAUGAAAACAAGUAGUUGCGUGACAAACUCACCAAUCAAUGCAACAAGACUUUAUUGGGCUGAUAGUGUAAAGGUCGAUACCCCGAGUAGGAAACGUCAAAGGAGAGAAGGUGACGAUAGUAGGACACCCUUACAACUCAAAUCUAUUACCGAAUACUUUAACAGGGUGAGUCCUUGUUCUAGUGAAACCAAAGAAUAUAAAUAAGUUUUACAAACUCACAAAGAGAAAGUGAGACUCAUUCAAAUA